AUGUACGACGAACAUGAGCCAUCUUUGCCACCACCACCUGGACCUCCUAGCCGUCAGAGCACAUAUAUCGCCGACGAAGAUACGACGAUGCGUUUCACUGGGUACGAACCAGUUCCCUGGAAGGCGUGGUUAUGGUUCUUCGGCUGUAUCCUAACACUGGGAGGACUUGUUCUCAUUGGUCGAUGGCUUCCUGGCCUCUGGCUCCGGUUCGUUUGUAAGGAGAAGGGUUUCAAGGACGCAGAGAAUGGUGUCAUUGUCGUCGAAAAUCCAUUCACAGACAUUUUUCUCACCAAGGUGGAGAACAUCGAGUAUCCGUAUCCAUCCGACACUGUUUUCAACAUCUUGUCCUCUUCACCGUCUACUGUUCGACCUUCUGGCGCAAACACCCCUACUCCGCAUAACAAGACGCCCGUCAAUGGCCCAACUCCAAGCGCCGAGAUUCUGGCAGAGCUUAACAUGGCAGAGUAUCGUUAUUCCCGCUUUGUGCUCAACCCAACCUCUGGUCUCUUCAUGAUGCUGAGCAAAUGGCGCGAUCCCAGCUGGAAGUCAGUGAAAGCUGUCCAGGCGGGACUAAGCUCGGCUGUGCGAGAACAGCGUCAAAUUCUGUUCGGUGCCAACGUCAUCGACGUCAAAGGAAAAUCGAUCGGCGCUCUUCUUAUCGAUGAAGUCUUGCACCCAUUCUACGUCUUCCAAGUCGCGAGCAUCAUCCUGUGGUCGAUUGACGAUUACUAUUAUUAUGCGUUUUGCAUCGCUUUAAUUUCCUUGAUCAGUAUUACGACCACACUCAUCGAGACGAAAAGGACUAUUGAGCGUAUGCGGGAAAUGUCAAGGUUCAGCUGUCCGGUCUCUGUCCUGUCAGACGGCUUCUGGAAGGUUGUUGAUUCCUCGGACCUCGUUCCUGGUGACAUCGUCGAUCUGAUGAACCCUGCUCUUGCUGUCUUCCCUGCUGAUAUCUUACUGCUUUCUGGCGAUGCCAUUGUCAAUGAAAGCAUGCUUACUGGAGAAAGUGUUCCCGUCAGCAAGAUACCAGUGAAGGACACUACGAUUGUCAGCUGGCGCGAAGGGCAAGAUAUCGACUCGAAUAUGGCAAAGUCGUUCCUGUAUACCGGAACACGCGUCAUUCGCUUGCGUCCAGGCAACCUCGGCGAGCAGAACCAGGCAUUUGGCCUUGUUGUUCGGACGGGCUUCAACACCACCAAGGGUGCUCUCAUCCGUUCUAUGCUGUUUCCCAAACCGAUGGGUUUCAAGUUCUAUCGCGACUCAAUGCGCUUCAUUGGUGUUCUGGCUUGCAUCGCUGGUUUGGGUUUUGCUGCCAGCUCCGUCAAGUUCAUUGAAUUAGGUGUACCGUGGAGCACCAUGUGCGUCCGGGCCUUGGACCUCAUCACCAUUGUCGUGCCUCCUGCACUUCCUGCCACGCUCUCCGUCGGUACAUCUUUCGCGAUCGGUCGACUACGCAAGCUCGGCAUCUUCUGUAUCUCCCCUAAUCGUGUCAAUGUGGCGGGCAAGAUCAAUGUCGUCUGCUUCGACAAGACCGGAACCCUCACCGAGGACGGUCUGGACGUGCUAGGCGUGCGGACCAUCGACCGUUCGAGUGGUGUCUUCGGGGAGCUUUCAACCGAUGGGGUUGACUUUCCUCUUGGAAGUGGAAAGGCCACUUUGCAAUAUGCUCUCGCGACCUGUCAUGCCCUCAAAUCUAUCGAUGGUGAGAUUCUGGGUGAUCCUCUCGAUGUCAAAAUGUUUGAGUGGACUGGCUGGACUCUGGAAGAAGGGAAGCCCACCGGAAACGGGACUAAGAAAGGCGACGGUCAGCCCAAUCACAAUCGACCGGCUGCCCUGGUACAAACUGUCGUGCGACCACCCGGCUCUGUGCAGUUCAAGUUGGAAGACGCGCUGAAGCCUGGCAAGCACGCUCAUUUUCUAGAAUUGGGUGUUAUUCGGGUAUUCGAAUUUGUUAGUUCUCUGCGCAGAAUGAGCGUCAUUGUCAAGAGAUUGAAAAGCUCGAGCAUGGAGAUCUAUGUGAAAGGCGCCCCCGAAGUUAUGGUGGACAUAUGCGAGAAGGACUCUUUCCCCGCUGAUUACGAGGAUCUUCUUGCUUAUUACACCAAGAACGGUUUCCGUGUCAUAGCACUCGCUGGGCGCUCUAUCGAGGGUUUAUCUUGGUUGAAAGCCCAGCGAAUGAAACGCGAACAGGCUGAAGCUGGACUUCGCUUCCUCGGACUUAUUAUCUUUGAGAACAAACUAAAGCCUGGAACCACGCCUGCGAUUCAAGUGCUUCGUUCUGCCCACCUGGGCAUCCGCAUGGUCACCGGCGACAAUGCAAGAACCGCUAUUAGCGUAGCACGAGAAUGCGGCCUUGUGAAUGUAUCAGCGCACGUGUUCUACCCCACAUUCACCUAUGGAGACUCGCAGACCCCGGAUGCGACGUUAGCGUGGUCGAGUGUGGAUGACGAAGACCUGAAACUGGACGAAUACAGCCUCAAGCCACUAACCCCUCCUCACCACCACACUGUCGAAGACGAGAUCGCAUAUCAAGACUACUCAAUGGCUGUCACAGGCGACGUCUUCAAAUGGAUGGUCAACUAUGCUCCUCUGGAAACGCUUCAGCGAAUGCUCGUGAAGGCGCAGGUAUACGCGCGUAUGUCCCCGGAUGAGAAGCACGAGCUUGUCGAACGCCUCCAAUCUCUCGGUUACACAGUCGCCUUCUGUGGUGACGGUGCCAACGAUUGCGGCGCCUUGAAGGCUGCUGAUGUUGGACUGUCGCUCUCCGAGGCAGAGGCUUCAGUUGCAGCACCUUUCACAAGCCGGAUCCCCGAUAUCAGCUGCAUGAUCGAAGUUAUCAAGGAGGGUCGAGCCGCGCUCGUGACGAGCUUCAGCUGCUUCAAAUACAUGGCGCUUUACUCGAUCAUCCAGUUCACAAGCAUCACACUGUUAUAUUCGUUCGCGUCGACUCUUGGAGAUUUCCAGUUCCUGUAUAUCGAUCUCUUCAUCAUUAUCCCGGUGGCUGUCGCCAUGGGUCGAACGUUACCAUUCCCAAACAUCCAUCCAAAGAGACCCACCGCCAGUCUGGUCUCCAAAAAAGUCUUAGCGAGCAUAAUCGGGCAAAUAAUCUUCACGAGCGGUUUCCAAUUCUGGGCCUUCUUCUGGGUCAGAAGACAACCCUGGUACGAGCCACCCGAUACCGACCCGCACGACCACACCGGCCUGGACUUCGAAACCCGCAACUACGAGAACACGGCGCUCUUUCUCGUAUCGUCAUUCCAAUACAUAUUCAUCGCGGCAGUAUUCAGCAUCGGCCCUCCGUAUCGCAAGCAGAUCUACACAAACGUAUUCCUCAUGCUAUGCCUGGUCGCCCUCACCGGCUUCAGCACCUUCGUACUGCUAGACCCUCCCACAGCCCUCUCCCUGCUGCUGGACCUCGUCCCCCUCCCCACCAGCGGGAAACUCACGAUCCUCCUAGCAGCGGUGCUCAACGUCCUCGUAUGCUGGUCGUUCGAGGAAUGGGGCGCGAGGCAGGUGUCGGACCUCAUCGGCUUCGUAAGGAGGAACAUGAGGAGCCAGUCUGCGGCUAGAAGGGUCAAGGAGGGUAAGGCGUAUAAGGCGGUCGAAGGGGGGAUGAGGAGGUCUCCGACUGAAUAG